GUGUUUCUGUCAUGGUGGUGUUUCCAAGUUCGCUGACGGAGGAGGAAGAAGCUUUACAGAAGAAAUAUGCGAAAUUAAAGAAAAAGAAAAAGGCGCUGCUGGCUUUGAAGAAGCAGAGUUCAACCAACCAGACAAACCAGAGUGGCUUGAAGCGCACUUUGUCCGACCAGCCUGUUGUUGACACUGCAACAGCUACAGAGCAGGCAAAGAUGCUGAUCAAGUCUGGAGCCAUCAGUGCCAUCAAAUCAGAGAACAAAAACUCUGGCUUUAAACGCUCUCGAAUGCUGGAGAUAAAACUCAAGGACCCCGAGAAAGGCUCAGUGCCGGCUUUCUUACCGUUCCAAAGAAGUGUCUCUAUAGACGAAGAACAACCUGAGUCUGGGAAGAGAGCCCAAAGGAAAUCUCUGUAUGAGAGCUUCGUCAGCUCGAGCGAUCGUUAUCGAGAUGAUGACGACGGAGGGAGCGGGGGCAGUGGAAGUGGUGGCCUGCCGCCCAGCCGCGAAAUGGACAGAGAACGAGAACGAGAACGAGAGCGAGAGCGAGAGCGAGAGCGAGAACCUGAAGUGGAUAAAGAGCGGGACAGAGAGAGAGAGAGGGAGAGAGAGAGAGACCGGGACAGGGAGAGAGAGAGGGAGAGGGGAAGGGACAGAGAGCGGGAAAGAGACCGAGAAAGAGACAGAGACCGAAGCAGAGAGAGGGAUCGAGACCGUGAAAGGGAUCGGGAAAGAGAGAGAGAUGGACCCUUCAGACGGUCAGAUUCCUACCCCGAGCGAAGAGGUGUGCGGAAGGGGAACACAGUUUAUGUUUACGGCUCCGGGCUCACUGAGGAGAGCCUCCGCUCUGCUUUCUCUCAACAUGGAAACAUCAUAGACCUCUCCAUGGACAACCCACGCAAUUGUGCAUUCAUCACUUUUGAGAAGAUGGAGUCUGCAGACAUGGCUGUGGCUGAGCUGAACGGGAGCACGGUGGGAGACAUUCACAUCAAAGUCAGCAUCGCCAGGAAGCAGCCCAUGCUGGACGCCGCCACGGGCAAAUCUGUCUGGGCCUCACUCGCUGUGCAGAACAGCACGAAAGGCUCCUACAGAGACAAGAGGAAUCAAGUCGUGUACAGUGAAGAUUUCCUCAAAUGAGAUUUUUUUUUUUCUUUUUUUUUGCAUAUAUCUUUUCAUAUUGUUAGUAGCAAUCUUUUUGUGUUACAGGAUGAAUGCAGAACUAUCCUUUAUCUCUUAGAUCAUACGGCUGUUUGCAUUAUAUUCUGUGAUGCUGUGGCAGCUCUGCUCAUUAAACAGAAUUAAAAACUUCAAUAAACAAGUGUCCAAACAUU